UAGGGUGCAUGCGUGUGUUUGAGAGGGAGGGUGGGGUGUGAAAGUGUGUUUGCCCCCUGGCCACAGCUUGUCACCACAGUUGCAUUGUCUUCCGUCCAGACCAUCAACCAUGAACCUGUUCUGCUUCACUCUGGAGGGCUCCACAGAAAGCAUCUAUGAACCAGCGCACAGCCAAACACUCAAACAGAUCCUGCCCAGCAAGCACCAGUGCAGUCCUGCUCCUGUGAGACACAAAUAUGAGUGGGGCGGCUCAGAUCCAUCCAUCAACUCUGACCAGCCUCAGAGUAUUGCCAAACUGAAAAGCAGCAAUAGAAGGUCUGGUGUGCCAACCUCAGCCUUGGAGAAUGAAACUUUAGACGCUGAUCUCACCUGCUGGAUGUCACCUGAUGAGAAGAGUGUUUUACAUAAUCAAAAGAAAGAGCCGAAAAGAACUUCCAGCCGGAGCAGCGUGUUGGAAACAGAUGACAAAGUGAAGGACCGGAGCUCUGAGAGGACACGCGACGAUCUAGCAGCUAAGUGUGGAGAAACCACAGCUGACGCAGCAGAAUCAAUACAAACCACUGGGAGACUGAAGAAACUACAGAAUCUGGUGAAAGCCAAGAAAAGACAUCAGAGUGAUGGUGAGAAAGUGAAGAGCGAAGCUAAAAGAAACGACUGCUUGGCAGAGGUGGUGAGAAGCAACAACGCAGUUCUGACCUGCAUCAGUCUGGGGAGGAGGACAGAGACGAGGUCUUCUUCUCCAGCAACCUCCCCCCAAGAUCUGCCACGGCACCACGCCAGGGGUCACCGUGACGAUGGGGAGGAGGCAGGGGUCUGGAGCCCAAAAACUGGAAAUCAUUUCCCAUUUGACUGUUCACAACCGUGGGCCCCCCUCUAUCACACCUGCCAACAGAGACGACAUGAAAUGUGGCCCUGCGGCGUCAACCUCUCUGUGCCUCGUCCAUCAGACUGGGAUCGUUUUGAGAGUCUCCUGCAGGAGCUGGACAGCAAGCAGUCGGCUCUGUCGCCCCCACAGGGGGUCUGUCCAGUCCCAGAUCUGCAACACUCACAUAACCCAGAAAAACAGGAGGAGAACGAUGAGGUUACCAAGCUGAAGUUGCAGAGGAAGGAGCUGCAGAGGUCAUCACAAAGUGACGGGAAGAACAUGGAGGCGUCUCCGGAGAAAACACGGACGCUUCUCAGCGACAGAGGUUUGCUGAAAGAUGACGCAGAGAGGAGGGAGGCUGGGCACGGGACAUUUCCUAAAGGGCACCAGCAGCGCAGAAACUCCCUGGAAAGCCUCUACAGCCUCCACAGUGGACAAAGCUCCUCCAGUGGCGUCGCCAGUGGCUCCGACUGCUCCAGUAACAGAGACAGCAUCAGACUGGAGGAUGAUCUAUCCUUCACAAAACAGUUUUGCGGCAGAGCAAGAGUCCAUACUGAGUAUGUGCCAAGUCCUUAUGACGCCGAAUCCCUUCAACUCAAGGUGGGAGAUGUAAUCGACAUCAUUGCCAAGCCUCCCAUGGGAAUAUGGAAAGGCAUCCUGAAUGGAAAAGUAGGACAUUUUAAGUUCAUCUACGUGGAUGUGGUAACGGAGCCGAGUUAUGAGACACACAUCCAUGAAGAGCGACACAAAUCAACUGUUCAGGAAAUGUUAAAGAGUCUAAGUCUCGAGGAGUAUUCCUCACCUCUGCAGCUCAGCGGCUACCAAACAGUGGAGGACUUGACAAGGCUGAAGGAGCAUGACCUUAUAGAGCUGAAUGUGACCGAUCCAGAACACAGGCAGCGACUGCUUGCUGCUAUUAAGUCCCUGCAGCAACUGUGUUCUGAGAGGUGGUUGGAGAAUGACUCCAGUUGUGGGCCGGAGAACUUCUCUAAAGACGUAAAAGUAGAAACCAACAACUGCCCAAGAGACUCAGGCUGCCUCGUAACAUCUGAGAGCCCCGACGACUGCACAGAGGAGACGGAGCCUCGCUUUCUCUCCGAACAACCGAGACCAGCCGACACAGCAGCCUCAUAACAAUCCCUUUCAUUGAUUUUGUUUCUCUUCAGAUGAACUCAUUAUCAAUUUAGUAGGUUCAGGAAACCUCAUUUGGAAUUCUGAAAUGAUCGAAUCAUCCAAAGCUGUUAUAUUUACUUUGAUAUUUUCUCAAGUCCUGAAAAUUGUUUUUUUUUUUCCUUUCUUUUUGUUUGUUUGUUGGAUUACAAUAAAAAGUCCAUGCGUAAGCUUUCAGAUAUUUACAUAUAUAUCUGCAAAAAUACAGAAUCUGCCAACACAGUGCAGGAUUUUGUUGCUCUCUGGUUUCUGACUGGAGGCGGUUUGUACCUGACAAAGCUUUGGAAGAACUUGAGAUAAACCGUUUCUACUGUUUAAUGCAAAUAUGGAGGAGCUUCAAAAACUAUAAAUCAAAACACAGAGAUGAUCACUAGGUGCUGAUAACAACAACUUCUUUAUCGGUUUGCUGAUGGUCUGCAAACUGAUCCAUGACCAAGUACAGUAUAUGUCAUGGCUUCAAGAAAGGUGCGUUUCUCAGUGUCUCUUGUUGGGUACUAGAAUUUAUUAGAGGUUUGAGGAGACGUCCGAUGAAGUUAUCUGCUCAGGUUAAAUGAACUUGAAGAGCACUCACAUUGGUUUUCAUGACAAACCUGCUCAGUUAUUUGGUUUGUUACUUUUUCAUGGACUAUCAGAAAACUCUCACGUCCAGCUCAGAGUGCAGAUGAUGAUUUCUCUGUGGUUUGCAGUUGAAUAUAACACAGUUGUAAUCAAUCUCAGUGUUACACGAAUAAUGCAGAAAUAACCCAUGUACACCUAAAG